UUUCUUCUUCACCUCUAAAAAAAAAGCAAUAAAAAGAGGAAAACAAGCAGCGAAUAUGUUUGAUAUAACGAGGCAGCGGAAGAGACAAAAAUUAUAAAUUAGUGUAGAGAAAAAAUUUGCCCAGUGUGCGAAGAGAAGCAGCGCUGCAUUCACUAAUUGAGUAAAAACGACGAAAAACUCGACUAGCAAUGAGCAAUAACAACAUCAGCAGCAGCAACAGCAAUAAUAACAACAGCAGCAUGCCAUACCCGGAUUCCGAGGAGGAGGAGGAGCUCAGCGGGUCUUACAACAUCAACGACAACGACAAUCAUGGUCAGUUGAGUGACUGCAGCAAUAGCAACAGCAGCGCUGCCAGCAGCAACAGCGGUAAAACGGCGAGUAGUUCCAGCAGCAGCAACUCAAGCGACGACGAAGACGACGACGAUGUGGAUGAGGACGACGGUGCCUCCGAUCAGGACAUGCACAGCGACAGCGACUCCGAUGAUGCCACCACCACGCAAUCGGAUGAAUUGGAGCUGGCGCAGCUAAGCAAAACUCACACAUUUCGUUUGCCUCGUGGUCUCUGCGAGAGUGCGGCUAUAUUCCACGAGUUCUUCAGCGUGGAGACCUGGCAAAUGUUGCCUAAUAACAUGCAAGCUCAGCUCCAGCCACUGCUACCAAGCUAUGCCUCAAUCCUAACGCCUUCGCAGGCUGCAGCCGAGCAGCAGCGCACGUUAUUGCAGCUCUUCAAUGGAGGAUUACAGCGGUUUGGGCAAUCGCCACUACUACGCCUGCAACAGCAGCUGGAGGAAGGCAGUCUACGGCCUGAUGUGCUGCAGCUGCGUCUCAGCAUCGAACGUUCACAGCGACGGGAGCGUCGUUUCCAACAGUCCGAGCGGCUCAGCCGCUUGGCCAAGGAACUGUUUCUCUCCCGCGAGCAAAUGCUGCAGCAGAUCUACGUAAUGGCUCCGCCUCCCGAUGCUGAUGCUAACCUUGGGCUAGGUAAUGGUCCGUUCAAGCUGCAGUCACGUCCACGCAAACGAAAGACGCUCACGCUGCAUAGGGAGAACAAGUUUUGUGUGGAGCGUGCGAGAAAACGAUAUUGCCAAGAGCUUGUAGAACUGACGCGUGAUCUACAGCUGCAACCUGGGGAGUUGAGUGCCGACGAGCAGGAUGAGCAGGCAACACAGUUGGCUAUCCUUGCCGAGGAGCGUCAACUGAAGAUGGAGACGAAUACGCGACCCUCGAAUGCGGCAGAUAAGAAAUGUAUUUACAGCAGCUUCUUCAAGCGUCGUCCGGGAUUGGAGGAUGAACUGGUAUUGCGUAGCAUGCAGGCAGACAAGAUGCAGCCGCUCACCGAGAAGAACUUCAAGAAAUACUUGCGCGACUAUAAACGACGAAAACAGCAGCAACCGCAAUUGCCGGACUUUGAGACGGCGGACAUUCGAUUGCGUGAUAUUUGCACGCGUGCCCAGUUUGUGGGCAAUUUCAAGCCGGGACGCAAGCCAAAGGCAUUGACAGCGCGUCUCAAUCACAAUGUGAAUGAACCGCCAGCUCUCGUGCCCAUCGGAGGCAAUUCGUCAGCAAACGCCUCGAAAGUGGAGCCCCCAACGGAACUGCUCACGGAUGAGCCGCAGCAGCUGUACGGACGAGCGGCCAUCGAGCCCGACGAGGACGAGCUGGAGCAGGAGUUGCAGCAGCAGGCAGAGGUGAUGCAGCAAAUCAUUGCGCCUCCAGCAGCAGGAAUGGCGUCGCCUGCAGCUGGUCACGUUGAGCUGCCCAAACUGGAACCGUUCACGCCUCGCUCAGUAAUUAGCAGUUCACCUAAAGCUAUGGUGAAGGCUGGUGCCCACAUCACAGGCAGUCCGACCAGGGAGCUGACAACAUCGUCGUCCUCAACGACUGCGCCACUUGCCUGCUAUUUCUCGCUGCUUCGUGAUCUGUUUGUAUCAACGCCACAGCAUCGUUUGAACUACACAGAAUUGCAGACGCUGCUUCUCAAAUGGCGGACAGAGAGCUGUGUCACCGGGUUGCCCGACUGGGUGCGCAGUCUGCCCAACGAUUGGACGCAAAUGCUGCAGUCGGCCGUCAACUUCCUGGCCGGAGACUUUGUGACACUGCCGGCGGAAUAUGUGCCAUACAUUGAGCACAAAACACAGCUGGGCAUUUACCAAUGGAUUGGCGCUGGUCGGGACUCGGAUGCACGGCUGCAAACGUUGUGUCAAUUCUGGCUGCAGCGACGCAAAGAGGAUGCAUUGGUACAGCAGUUGCCACAAACAGCGCAGCUAACGCCACAACACCAGCAGCUAAGUCCCGCUGCUGGCGUGGAUGCAACCCCAACGCCAGCUCCUCGUUGCCCCACCAGCUGGACAGUGCGUGUGGCCACGCAAGCAGAGAUGCUGGAAUUUCAGCGGCAGGAGCGAUUGCGCUUCGAGCAACCGCAUCGACCAUUUACCUAUCGCAUGCAUGGCUACGAGAGUGUCGUUGGUCCUGUUAAGGGCAUCUAUACGCAGAGUCUGGCGUUGAACAAGGCGCGUGGCCAUGCCGUCAUGGUGGACGAUCGACCGCCCUUUGUGACCAUCCUGACGCUGGUGCGCGAUGCCACCGCUCGACUGCCGAAUGGCGAGGGAACACGCUCGGAAAUCUCCGAGCUGUUGAAGUGCUCGCAGUUCAUCAAUCGCCAGGCGGCGGAGAAUGUGCUGCAGACGAUUGUGAGUGGCGCCUUGGAUCGCAUGCAUGGCGGUGUCGAUCCUUGUGUGCGCUACGAUGCGCGUCGCAAGAUCUGGAUCUAUUUGCAUCGCAAUCGCAACGAGGCGGACUUUGAGCGCAUGCAUCGACAGAAUCAAACGUUGGUCAAGCAGAAGCAACAGCAACGCAAGCAGCACAACAACAACAAGCCAAAGAGAGACGAGCCCUUCGAGGUGACGCAAGCACAGGCACAAGGCCAAGAGCUGCCUGCUCUAGUGGCAGCCACCACGACGACGCCGAAUCAUGUGACAGCAACUACAACGCUAAUCAAAAAUCAUCCCGUUGCAGCGUUGCAGGUCAAGUGUCCACCUGUGCCGCCACUCAAGUAUCACAUACCUCCCACAAAUAUCAACACGACGCCGCCAGCAGCAGCAGCAGCUGUGACAGCGACAGCAGCGAGUGCAACAGCAACAGCUGCAGUCAGUCCACAUACGGCACAAAAAUCGCUGCUGAAGACGACGACGCAACGCAGCGGCGUCGUCACCAUUGUAGAUAGAUCAGCCUCCAAUAAUACAGCGCAAGUUGCGGGCACAGCAACCGUGCAACUGCUGAAGACGUCGCCAAAGCCGCAGCAGCAGCAGCCGCAACAAUUGGCCCGCAAUACCACGCCCAUCCUGGUAUCCACGCCUACCGGGUUGCAGACGGUGCAUGUGGCUGCCACGCCCAGCAAGAAGCUGGCCAUCAAGAAGCCCAUUGUUAUCAAUUCCCCCACACAAGCAGCGACGACAGCCGGCGCAAGCACAACUGGCAGUUUUAUCGUGCCCCUCGAGCAGCAACAAUCUCAACAGCAACCACAGUUGUUGACCAUGAGCAACAACAAAGCGACGACUCCAGUGCGACAGACAAUGCCCAAGAACAUCAUACGACUGCUGCCAGCUGGUGCAGCAAGUGGUGCAGCAACGAAACCUUCUGUUGUCCAGCUGCAGCCUCAAACGUUGGCCACCAAACCCGCGGGCUCUGUGCAAAUCUUAGGACCACGCAUGCUCGCCCAGACCACAGUGCGUCCGUUGCAGCAAAAGAUUGGCGCCGUCUCCAUUGUGAGCAACAAGUCGGUCAUAGCCAGCGGCACCUCGAUUGCCAACAAUGCGACGACAACAGGAACGAGCACCAUUGUGAAGAUGUCGCCUCAAGCAUUUGCCACACUCCAACAGCAGCAGCUCAAGCAGAAGGCUGCCAAUGCUAUUCAGAGCCAGCAGCAGCAACCACAACAACAACUCCAGCAGCACCAACAGCAGCGAAUACUUGUCGGCAACACAGCAAUUUCGUCAAACAAAAACAUUGUGUUCCAGGCGCUGCCGAAAGCGGCGCCCAAAAUACUCAGCACUGUGCCCGGUCAGACGACGAAAACGUUGACCACUGCGAAUCUCUCGCCGCAGCAGCAGCGGAUUGUGCUACAGAGCUUCAAGCAGCCGCUGGCAACAGCAGCCGCAUCGACACCGUCGUCAACAUCAUCAGCAACUGCAACAGCGGCAGGAACAACAACGACGCGCAUAAUACGAACAACUCCAGUAUCGGCAGCAAGCUCUAGUGCCACAUCUAGUACAGCAACAACACAGGGUGGUCACAUCAUUACGCUGGACAGUUUACUGCAGAAAUCAGUGCCCGGCAAGCUGUUGACCGCUGGCAGUAAUAUCAUCCAACUGGCCACCUCAACAGCGCCAGGCAACAUCAUCACAAUGUCACCCAGUGGCCAAGCGCCGUUGCAAUCGAUAGCGGGAACGACGGCCAAACAGUUGCCGGCAACGGCGCGAAUUGUGACUGCUGGCCCUGGGGGAAUGGUGCCCAAGAUCAUUGGCAAGACAACGGUUGUGCCUGGCAAGCCGCUGCUGUUGCAUGCCAAGACACUUAAGCUGGGCACCACAAAUGCGGUGAGCACAACACAGGCGGCGACGCCAACGACGACAUUGAAAACGACGCCGCAGAGCAUUGUGAUUGGCGGUCAAACAAUGAAGAUACAGGGAGCGACCAUUCCAACGCGCAAUGCGUCCGGUGCGCCAAUGCAAACGGUAAUCAUGGGCAACCAACUCGUGCGGUUGGCUACGAGCAGCAACAGCGGCAGCAGCAGCACAACAACCAAUAGCAACAGCAUGCCCAGCACAUCCAGCGGCAUUGCGAGUACACCCAAGACUCUGCUCAUUGGCGCUGGAGCAGCGCAAACGUUGCGUCUGGGCAAGAACGUGUUGUUGGCAAGUAGUGGCAGCGGCAGCGUUGCGACCACGACGACAACAACAGCAGCAACUGCAACACCUGCCAACAAUCUUGUAUUUGCCGUGCAAGGCAAUGGCGGCCAAUUGUUCUUCUCCCCCGGACUGCAAGGUGUCAAUCUAAAACCGUUGUCCAACAUGAAAGUGAUACCCAUGUCGACGGCUGGAGGUGUUGUCAGUGCCAGCAGCGGUGUAAAGUUAAGCAAUGUUGCGGGAACCGUUGAUGCGGUGGUUGGCAAAACAUUAAACACCAAACUGUUGCCAACAGCUGUGAUUAAAACAGCGAGCGGAGGCCACGCGAAUUAG